AUGGAUUCAUCAACACAGAUACAAUUAAAAAUCAAUGCACUUGAUAUAAUAAAAAAUUUUCGUGUACAAGAAUUACAAGCUGUACUUGAUUAUGCACGUCUUCCUCGACGUGGUAAUAAAACUGAAUUAUUUCAACGUUUAAAAACACUUAUAACUUCAAAUUUAACUGAACAAUUAAUCAAGAAAAUUGAUCAAAUAAAUUUAUCCCGAAUUAAUUACCCAAGAACAAUGCCGAUAUCAUCUUCCUUACCAAAUUAUCAUAAUAUACAUUCAAAUGUUAUGAUAUCAACACCAGUAAUUGAAAAUCUACCAUUACCACAACAAAUUCAAUAUGUUCAAUUACCUUUUUUUGACAAAAUACGUACAAUUGAAUGUAUUAACAUGCCAGUAGAUAAAAAAAUAUUUGCUCCUUUACGUUUUACAUUAAAUGAUUAUGACGUGGAUUUAAUUCUUAAAGGUGCAGCUAAAGUUUUUCUUCGUAUUGCUCCAACACUUAUUCAUGAUAAACAAAAUGAUGUUUUACCACCUUAUAUAUUUAUUCAAUGUAACGGUCAACAAGUAAUUAAUAAUAAUAUAGCAAAAACAGUUGGUUCACAAGCGCAUUCAAUCGCAUUUCCAACAGAUAUAACUGACAAAAUAAUUCCGAAAGCUAAAAUACAUAACAGUUUAAAUUAUCAUUGGCUUCAAACCCCAACAAAUAUGUCAUUUAAAAAUUUACCAAUAUCUUAUACAUUAACAAUACAACUUUGCCGUUAUAUUCCAUUAGAUAGUUUAAUUGAAAAUAUUUUAAAACGUGAACCACAUUUAAGAAAAAAUGAUAAUCAUGAUAGUGAUAUUGAAGUAGAAGAUACAGGUUUAAUGGCAACACGACAUCGUGUAUCAUUAAUAUGUCCAAUAACACAAUCAUUAAUUAAUGUGCCUACAAAAUCAUCUUAUUGUUUACAUCUAACAUGUUUUGAUCUUCGAUCAUUUCUUCGAAUGAAUGAACGACGUUUACAAUGGUCAUGUCCAUUAUGUAAAAAACCAGCAUCAUAUGAUACAUUACAUGUUGAUAAACGUUUACAAACUAUUCUAUUAAAUGUUCCAAAAAAUUGUUCAACUGUUGAAAUUGAUUCAUCAAAUAAAAAUUUAUCCGAUUGUCAAUAUAUAUUAGAUAAUGUUAGUAAUACUGCAUUACAUCAAAACGAUGACGAAGAAGAAGAAGAAGAAGAAAUACAAGGAUUAUUGUGUAAAUCUAUAGAUAAAUCCGGUUGUCAAUCAACGUCAAGUGAUUGUGUUAUUCUUUCAUCUGGUAGUGAAAAUGAAGAUGAAGACAAUAAUGAUAUUGAAGAUCAACAUAGUCAAAGGAGUAAUUCACCAGCUCCUACAACUUCACAUUCAAAUGAUUUAUGUAAUCAAAAUAAUAAUAAUAAUAAUAAUAGUAAUCAACAAAUAAAUAAUACACAUCAAUCACCAAAGAGCAUACAUUCAUUACAAUCACUAACAACAUCAAAUGUUGAUGAUGAAAGUUAUUGGGAAGAUAUUGCAAAAUUUACUUAUGACUUAGUACCAAAUAGUAAUGAAGAAAAUUUAAAUCGAAAACGAAGUAACAGUUCAAAUUCAUCUUUACUAUCAAAUAGUGAUGAACAUCAUCAGAAAAAACGAACAAAACGGUACUCAACUAGUAAAUCACAAACGAAUGAUAUUGAAGUCAUAACACUUUCAUCCAGUGAUAGUAGUGAUAAUGAUAAUUAA